AUGUCUGUCGUCGACGCCAUUGGCGUCAUCUCUGGAAUCCUGACUAUCGUCUCGUUUGGAAUGGAUAAUUUCGGCGAGGGUGAGACCUCCGGUUCGACCAUCAAGGUUGCUGUUGCUCUUGAUGGCCCAAAUGGGCCAACAAAUGCUGGUGGUGACAUCCCCGACGUACGAGUGUGGAACGAGGUCGGGGAUUUUGUUGGUAUGAAAGCCGAUCCCGGUUCCGUUGGGAAUGGAAACCUGGGUGAAGUCAAGAUCGACCACGAGAAUCAAGGUGUAUACUCCCUGUUCUCGGCUAACGACGACGCCAUCUGCGUGGCUUGGGUUACCACCACGUGGAGCGAUGACCGCGGCGGCAACAAAUAUGCCGUGUCGGGCGACUACGGCGAGGCAUGUGGUGGUACGUGGUUUGAGAGCCACAUGUAUCCCAACAGCAACGAAGACUACCAGCCCAAGUGCUUCUGGAUUGAUAAAGACGGGGAUCAGCCUAAGACUGGAUUCCAGGUCCGCUGGCCUGCCUUCUCUAAGGACGAGCAGGAUGAACAUGAUACAGACCCCCAGAGAAUUUGCAACGAUAUCAACUUUGGAUUGCGUGAGGAGGAUGACCCCAAUUCCAUCAAUUAUACCGUAAAGAAGAAGCGCAGUGGCCCUAUGCGGGCUCGUCAAGCCUCGACCCGCCCUGCGUGGGCGGCAUCUGAGCUGGUCAUUAGUGACUCCAAGUCUCAUUCAGCUAAGAGACUGUGUGAGUCGGAUACAUCCAUGGGACCUGACUUUGCGCAUACUGGCGAGGCUGCCUUCUGUGAUAUGGGCUCGAAGGUCCUGUACGCAUUCUGUACCGAGGACGGACAGACGGACUGCUUUGAUUUCGAUUCCCAAACUAUUUCCACCAGUAAAACCGCACGUGCUACUGCUGGGGAUGUUGGUAGCUACGCAAGUGUCCGUGAUUGGCGCUCUGCCAGCACAGCAUAG